AUGGUCCGGCCACCAGUGAGCAGCACUAAGCUGCUCCUGGGCCUGUACUCCUUGUUCUACUCGUGCACGAUCGCUCUCGACGCGGUCGUGGACAGCGUUACGAUAAUGGACCAGAGGGUGCCGAGUGCAGUUCUGAACGGUACCGAAUGCGUCGUAUUGGACUGCGUGUACAAGGUAAAACCGGAAGAGGCCGAGGGGCUGGUGGUUGCGUGGUAUUUCAACAAUAGCCCCAGCCCCGCAUACCAGUGGAUACAGGGCCAACCGCCCCGGACCAUCGGUCCGCUGAAAAAACACAUCCGGUUGGGUUUCGCUGCACCCACCGACGAUGCGUUGGCCAAGUACCGAGCCCUGUACAUCAUCCGGCCGACCAUCGAGCUGACCGGCAACUACAAGUGCGUCGUGUCUACUUACAACGACGAGGAUUUUAUGAUUAAGAAGAUGAUCGUUUACGCGCCCGGCCAACAUUUGCACAUGAAACGCACCAAGGCCAACGACCAAGACAUGGUGAACAUAUCUUGUAUGAUUUCCAGAGUAUUUCCCAUGCCCAAGAUGCAACUGUACAAGCUUGAAACUAAUGGAACUCAAAACAGAAACACUUCUUUGCCUAUUGAGAUAUUGGAUUAUCAGAACGAUGGUGCAUUUAAUGUCACAGUAUCCACAUUGUUCUCCGAAUCCGAAUUACCAUCUCGAACAACAUUUUUUUGCGAACUCAUCAUACCAAGUACUCCAUACAGUAUCACAAAACGAUUCGUUUAUAAUCCUGGUAACACCGAAAGUUUGUCUGCUGAAAAUGCUGCAUGGUCAAGAAAAUUGUCUCAGACGCUAAAAUUUACAACUAUCGUAUGGUUAUUUAUUGUAAUUUCACACUGA